ACCUUUGCGCUGUCUACAACAAGCACAAUGGAGGGACUGUUAUUGUGUCUGUUUGUGGCCACUGUCACUGGAGAGACAUUCCUGGUGAAACCGGCCCAGUUAGUUCUGCAGAAUAGUGAACCGCGACCUGUGUUACAGAUUCGACCGGGUGAGAUCCAGGUAAAUGUUGAACCAGCCACAAAUGGUGUUCAGUUUGGACUGGGGGCCUUUGAUGGAAGUUCAGUAGGGUCUCAGCAAGGCUCAAGCGGCUUCCUUGGCAUCGGCGAUUCACAGCUUGGCUUAGCCGUUUCUUCACCACAGUCCACAGGGUCUUCGUCACAAUCCUUCGUGUCUUCAUCGCAGUCCUUCAGUAGCUUCCAGCAGGGCUCAGGUGGAGCUCAGGGAGUCGGUGCUUCUAGGCAAGGUGGAAUUGGUAUAGGUGGAUCACUCGGUCCGCAGACUUCAGGCAAUUUUCAAUUUGUAUCUGGUGGCUCGUCUCAAGGGGAAGGAAACUUCCAAAGGACAGGCGAUUCAGCACAAGGCGUAGAUGGUUUACUGCAGGGACUCGACAGUGCCCAACUGAGUGGGAGUAGGCAAGCGCAAGGUUCAAGUGGUUCGCUAGAAAACUUUAGUGGCUCUCGACAGACUUCCAGCAACCUCCAACUUGGUGAUCUUGUCAAAGGGUCUUUGAAUCAAGGAUCGGGUGGUUCCCAGCAGAGUUCGGGAGUGUCAUCACAACCCGGUGGUGUCCUUCAGGGGACAUCUGGAUCCUUGCAAAGACCAAGUGGGUCACCACUAGGAUUUGAUGCUUCAUUACAGGGCUUCAGUCCAUCACAAGAAUUCGGCGUUUCCACAAGCGGCUCAAGUGGGGCACCACAGGGUUCAGGUGGUUCGUCACAAGGAUUCGGUGAUUUGCCGCAAGGGUCUGGCGGUCCAUCUCAGAGGUUUAGUGGCCCGGUUCAAACAUCAGGAACUUCCAUUCAGGGCUCAGACGGUUCAUCACAAAGAUUAAGUGGCUCCACUCAAACCUCUAGUGGUUCAUCACAGUUCAGUGGUUCCACACAGGGUGCUACUCUUUCAUCACAAGGAUUUGGUGGUUCACCUCAGGUCUCAAGCGGUUCACCACAAGACACAAGAAGUUCACAACAGUCAAGUGGAUCUACUCAAGGCUCGAGUGGUUCACCGCAGCUGAGUAGUUCCAGCCAAGGUUCAGCUCAAGGAUCAAGUGGUUCAUCACAAGGGUUCAGUGGUUCAUCACAAGAGUUCAGUGGUUCACAAAGAUUUAGUGGUUCUACCAAAGGUUCUAGUGAUUCAGCUCAAGGGUUCAGUGGUGCAGUACAAGGGUCAGCUGGCUCAUCACAAGGGUUGAGUGGUUCACAAACAUUUAGUGGUUCUGCCGAAGGCUCCAGUGGUUCUGCACAAAAAAUCGGUGGUUCUGCACAGGGCUCUAGCGGUGCACCUCAAGGUUCAAGGGGUUCAUCACAAGGGUUCAGUGGUGCAGUACAAGGGUCAGGUGGUUUCCAAGGGUUCAGUGGUUCACAAAGAUUUAGUGGUUCUACCCAAGGCUCCAGUGGCUCAGCUCAAGGUUCAAGAGGUUCAUCACAAGGGUUCAGUGGUGCAGUACAAGGGUCAGGUGGUUCAUCCCAAGGUCGGGUUCACAAGAUUAGGUUCUACCCAGGCUCAGUGGGUCAGCUCAGGGUCAAAGUUCAUCAAAGGGUUCGUGUGCAGGGUCAGUGGUGGUCCGCAAGGUUCAGCGGUACAAGUCUAUGUUUCUACCGCAGGCCGGUGAUUCACAAGAAUUGUGUUUCUCAAGGGCUAGUGGUGUUCCCAAGGAUCUGCGGGUCAUCACAGGGUCAAGAGGUUACCUCAGGGCCCUAGGGUUCAGCUGGGGAGAUUCGGUGGUUCAUCACAGGAUCAUGGUACUCAGGUCCUGGAUCAGGGUGAGAUGGUGGUUUCAGAUUUGCAGCCGGCAGUUCGUCGCGCGGAGUCUCUGAGGGCGGGCGAGGAAGCGUGACGGCAGGUUCCGGACCGACGGGCGUCGCCUCCGCCGGAGCCCUGGCCGCCGCGCAGAAGGGCGCCAGCAUCGCCUUGUUCCGGAGCUCCUUCGACAGACGCCAAAACGCAGCCGGCAAAUUCCAGCGAGGCGGCGGCCGUGUAUCUCUGGCCAUCGCGCAGUCCUUCGACAGCUCUCCAUUCCAACCGGCACCGGUGCCAUCGCCAGAGAACAUCGAGGAGAUCAAGGGCGUGUUCGAGCCACUGAACUUACCCUCAGGAGCCACUCUCCUUCUGGGGAACAUCGCUGGCACCUUCACUUGCAGAGACCGACCCUACGGAUACUAUGCUGACCAAGAUAACUCUUGCAGGAUCUUCCACAUCUGUUACCCGCUUGUUACUGAUGCGUACCGAACUUCCAAACAGGAGUUUUAUUCGGUACGUCAAGUUCUAACCGAAGUAAGACUUUUUAACGUGCCCUAUUUUCGAUGUCAUUCUUAUUUCUUUGUGAUGUUCAUUUGUGCUUUACUUCUUGAGAGACCCUUUCAAGAUCCUUAA